AUGGCGCACAGCGUGCUCUACGCCGACCUGCGCUUCGCCAAGGGGCCGUGGGGCCGCGGCACGGCCAGCGGGGCCCUGGGGGAAGCCCCCGGCAUGGACGAGGCCGACAGCCCCUACGAGAACGUGGCACCGGGGCCGGUGCCUGCGGGGACGGCUGGGGAAGGGACCCGGCACAGCCCAGGGCGCUGCUCCUGGCGGCGCUGCAUCCCCGCGGGGCUGCUGGCAGCCAGCCUGCUGCUGCUGGUGGCCCUGGUGGCCCUGGGGACCUGCUACUGGCAGGCGACCCGUGAGCUGCGGGACGCGUCCCGGGAGCAGGCGGCCGAGCGCGGCCGCUUCUCGCAGGAGGCGCGGGCGUGGGAACAGAGCCUGGAGCAGGCGCGCCGGGAGCUGGCGCAGGCGCGCGCGGAGCUGCAGCGAGCGUGGCGAGAGGGCAACAGCAGCCUGCUGGAGCUGGGCAGGCAGGAGGCCGAGCUGGCGCGCGUCUCGGGGGCCCUGGCCGGUGCUGAGAGGGAGCUGCAGGACGCGCAGGGGCGGCUCGAGGCCGGCGAGCGUGCGGCCAGCAGCCUGCGCGCCUGCCUGGACGCAGACUGCUGCCCCCCGGGCUGGCUGCUCUACCACGGCAAGUGCCUCUUCGUCUCGUCGGAGAAGAAGAGCUGGUGGCAAAGCCUGAACGACUGCGAGGCGAGAUCCUCCCAGCUGCUGGUGCACAGCGAGCGGCAGGCAUGGGCGCUGCCGCCUUUCCUGCACGCAGGCGGCACCAAGUACUGGGUGGAGCAGAGGACCAAAAUUCCUUCGUGGAUGGAGGAGCAGAUUGAGAAGUACAAGUGGUCUUUUGAAUGCACACUGGUGGGCUCUGGGAAAGUAGAGCGCACAUACUGCUACUGGGCUUAUCAUUGGAUCUGCGAGCAGCCCCCAAAGCUGAGCAACCUGUCCGAGAUCUUCUCUCCUCUCCUGGCUGGGGGGUGACCCUGGCACCCCCUCUGUCUGGGGACAUAGGCUGGGAGUGAAGGUGUUGGGCAUGUAAAGGAUGACU